AUGGCGUGUCGAGUGGACAUGAGAAAGGAGCGUGCUCUGCGCCUCAAGAAGAUGUCGGAUUGGAAUGUGUCGUGUGUGGAUCUUCGAAGCAGGGCGCCUAUCAAGGGGCAACCUAUCGCAGCCCCAGAGCUAGUGUGUAGGCGGAGCCUGGUACAGGUGGGUCUCAACAGGGCUAACCUGGAGGCUGCUGGUCUGAACGCUUCCUCUUCUUACCUGGCCGACCCAGAGGAGGCUAACGGCACGGUGUGGUUGUGUUCCCCGUUUCUGCCCCUGGAUAAGGAACUACUGUUGAUGAGGAUGAUCUUGGUAGCUCUGCUGGGGCCUCUACUGGUUCUGUCCAGCACUGGACAUACCUCAGGUACGAUUGUCACCAGCUGCGAGGCGUGUCACGAACAAGCCGUCUGCCACCACACCUCACUCAUGGCAGGUGAUAUCACAUGCACCUGUAAGAAGGGCUUCUCCGGCGACGGCCUCAUCUGCACACCUGGCCACAACGACGCCGGUGCCGACCACCACGCCCCUCACCGUGUCCGCCGCUCCUAUCCCACCUCCAACAGCAACCUUGCCCAUGUCCGGUUCAACUGCGGCUUUUAUGAGUGCGCCGACGGGGAGGACUGCAUCACGGUCGACGGCAUCCAGCAGUGCGCCGACCCCUGCAAGAGACACACAGUGCUGAAUGAAGCGUGGCGCUCCACUAACAACAAUGAGGGCGAGAAGCACUGCGACCGCAACGUCCACUGGGACGGCUAUUACCGCAUGUUCAUCGGUAACCAGAGUGUGUCCAUGCCGGACAAGUGCGUGGAGUCGUUCAUGUGCGGCACCCAGGCUCCCUUGUGGCUGGCGUUCCCUCACCCCCAGCAGGUGGAUGCGAUUGUCCGGAGUGCAGUGUGCGCCAGCUUCAGAGGAGUAUGCUGCUGGGUGCAGUCUCAGCCCAUCCACGUCAAGGCCUGCCCCGGGAACUACUUUGUGUACAAGUUCGUCAUGCCGCCCGGGUGCUACUUCGCCUAUUGUGCAUAUGUGGCAGCUCUCACCACAACACCAAAACCAGUCACAACAACAACUGCAACAACCACAACAACAAAAGCACCUGUAAAGGUCACCACGACAACACAAACACCAAGCGGGGGAGACCUGCAUCAGCCUGUUUUGCUCCGCCCAGAGGUGGUGUGUGGGCGGAGCCUGAUACAGGUGGGUCUCAACAGGACGAACCUGGAGGCCGCUGGUCUAGACGCCACCACUGCUAACCUGGCCGACCCCCGGUGCAACGUUCACGAAGAGCGUGACGGCAUGGUAUGGUACCAGGUGGAGCGCAUGGAGGGCACCUGUGGAAACACUCUCGAGACAAACGGAACUGACGCCAUCUUUUCCAACAGUUUAUUUGUCUACCACAUUCGCAAUGUAUCAUUCACCCGACCCGUGAGCGUGCCUUUCUCCUGUGCCUAUCCUCUGGAAUCAGAGACCAGCCUGGAUGUGGCCAUCAAACCCUACCUGUCGCUGAAGAAUGCCAAAGUCGGUAAGGGCUCCAAAGUGGGCUCCAACAUGACUCUGUACCGCAACGACAACUUCACAGAGGCUUACCCAGCGGGCGGAGUCACCUUGCCGGUGGGUUCCGUGCUGCACGUGGGUGUGUCCGUAGAGGAGUCCGAGACGGAGCGUUUUGUGGUCGUUCUGGAGGACUGCUAUGCCACGCAAUCCCCCGACCCUGAGGACAUCAUGCGAUACUACGUCAUUCAGAACAAAUGUCCGACUGAAUUCCGUCAGGUGAGGGUGGAGGAGAGCGGCUCGUCCCUCAGGGCUCGCUUCUCUGCUCUGCUGUUCCUCUACCAGGGGGACUACCGGGAUGUCUUCCUGCACUGCAGACUCAGCCUGUGUGACCAGAGGAGUACCUCCUGCACUCCAGUGAGUCCUGCAUCUUUCCCGCUGGCUCAUCUACUCAGUUUGUGGUCUCUCUCUGGUCUCACUCAUUUUGUGUGUGGUGGUUUCUGA